CAGCGAGCCAGUGCCUGGUCUGGCGUCGUGGAGAAAGGUAUUCCUUGCGUCGCCCACGACCUCCCCCAGCAAGACUGGAACCAGCCAACUUCUGACUGACAUUUCCCAUCCUGUGGUCUUAGCGACGCCUUAAAGACUUCCGGGGAUAUUACAAUAUUCCCGUAAAGCGAUUUCUUCAGACUGACGGUCGAAUUCAUAAGUGAAGUCAAACAGAAAGUGAAUAUAAUGUGAUUACCAAUAUUUUUUUUUUCCAAAAUCAGGUCGUCUUUUCCAAGGUCGUGGUGGACGCUGGGAUAUGAUGUUACAUUUUAAAAUGUGUAAGAAAGCUUGAUAAAUAAGGGAAGUGGCAGAAACUGGAAGCGUAAGAGAGGAAGGGAAACAAAGUAAAACUGGAAGGACACCAGCGUGCACCCUUGUGGGUAAGGUCACUCUCCUCUCUACAUACUCUUAAACAACGGAAUGACUACCUCAGGCCAGUGAUGGGAAGGAAAGCUGCCAUGAGCUAAAUACCAGACUAAUGUAUAGAUCAUCCUAAAGGAUUUACACAUUGUCGAAGUGGAAAUUCAUAGACGCAUUGAAAAGUUCCCUCAGUCAACAAAUGAAGACGUGGACUCUGAUUUGGUAAUCAGUACUCGCAGUACCCACCUGGCGGAGGGGAAGCAUUCCUGCCGGUGAGGAUGGCGGUUCAGGGGCGGGGUCCAGGAGCUAGAUGCUCUCUGGUGCGGUGCGGGGGGUGGUGCUCCCUCCUGCUCACACCCUUCCUCGCCCCCUGCCUCACCCUGCUGCUCUUGCUGACCGCUCCCCUGCUGACCGCAGAGCAAGGAGCUGGAAAUCCUCCAGCAGAAGUGCCAGCAUCCUUGCUGCAGGAGGCACUACAGGGACAUCCUGUCUCCUUCCCCGUGGAGCACCACCCGCUAGCUCGCACCAGCCCCACUCUUGUCAUACACAAGUGUUGCCCCGAGGGCAGUUUCGACCACGCCACCAAGAACUGCCAGCCCAGCCAAGACUUCACCUUCAGUGUUCCCAUUUUCACUGUGGAUUAUUACGGCAUGUAUAUGGAGUCCAACCUCACCAGGGACCAGGUGGAGUUGCAGACGGAGAUGCUGGAGUGUGAGAGGUACUUGCUCGACGUCGUACCCGGCAAGAAGCCCGAGUUCGACUUCCGGGUGCUGGAUACAGGUCAGCUGUGGGUGCCCGAGUACGAAAAAUAUUAUGACCCGGAUCACUACUGCCUGGAGAACUUCGUGGCCAACACCAGCGUCAAGGGCUCUCCACACAUCCAGGGAGCCAUGGUGUGCAUCCUGGAGACUGAAGUGGAGACCUUUGACCCCUCAAAGAUCCCCGUCAGGAAAUGUUGUAUGCAUAACGAGGGUACGACCAACCACAGCUGUCCCCCAGACCCAAACCUGACGGACGUGCCGUGGCUCUCCCAAUCGGUCACCAUCGAAGUCAGGAGAGUGCAGCUGGUUGGUACGUCACCACCUUACUCUAAACAUCACGAUUUGGUUUCCCAAAGUCCAGGUGGAGACCCAACAACUGUAAACAACUGUAGUCCAAUAUCAAACUUGCCUUUACUAUCCAAAAUCUUCGAGACCCUCACAUACACCUGCGUUCCCUCAGACACUGUGACCCAUAAUAACGGUGCCAAGUGGGCUUAUUUCUUCGGUCCGGUGGCAGUGCUACUGGUGGCUGACCUGGUAUUCUUCGUGCUGACGGUACGCUCCCUUCUCGUCACUGUACAGCAGAGCCACAAGGGUACAGUGCAGAAGCAGACAAGACAGAGACUCAGACUCUGCUUCAAGCUGUUCUUGGUGAUGGGAAUCAGCUGGCUGGCGGAGAUCAUAUCGUUCCAACUUGGCCCCAGCACUGUCUGGUACAUCUCUGAUGUCUUUAACUGCUUCCAGGGCUUCAUAAUAUUCUUGAUCUUCAUUCUGAAACCUAAAAUUUUGGAAGCUGUGCGGGCGCGGGUGUGCGGCUGCUGCGGUCCACCACCACCAGCCAAGCCUCGGGGUACGAACAACUUCAGCUCCAUCAUCCUCUCCAACUCAGCCAGCACUGACGAGUUCUCCCUCUCCAACCAGCUCUCUUUCUCUCACCCUCACAACCGUCUCUCCCUCACACACACACAAAGCCAGCUCUCUCUCCCACACUCCCGGAUCCACAAGCAACUCUCACUCUCCUACAGUCGUUCCUCUCAGCUACACCCUCCAUUAUUCAACCAAUCCUCCACCAACUCCUUCGGCAAACAAAUCCAACCGCCGAAUGGAUCCAGUCCUCCGGUUUCCGACACCUUAUCCCCGGGCAAACAAAUCCGACCCCAAGAAGGAUCCGGACCACCCGUAUCCAACACCUCUUCCCCGGGUUCAUCUCGGCCAUCCACUCCCAGAACCAACUCAACCCGUGCUUCCCUCUCAGCAAGCUGCAAGUCUGUCGACGAAGCUGCAUGCUAACCCUGCCCUUAUUUCAGCAUCUUGUAUUGACAUACUAGUAUAUAUCUGCUUCUUGCAUGUCAAUUCAGGAUUUGCAUUGUCCUCAUUAGCAUUCUUUUGCAUAAAUGGAUCAUUCUUAUUAUAUAUCUUUUG